CUUUACAGCCGAGGCCCACAGGCAUUGGCUUACUUGUCGAUUUCGCAAUUUUCAUCUGAGGUCUUUCGGGGAGCGCGCUAGGACUAUGCGCUGUGCCGGAGCUGUACGAUCCCACCACCCAUGGAAAGCAAAGAUGGCCAUACUGCCAACACUUGAGGGAUCGUCAAAAUGUUCUUUCUCCCUAUUCUCCACGACUCGCAACUCAGCAAAUGUACGUCACGUCUCCCACUCGGGACGCAAAACAAGCACUACUUGUUGCAUCAUGUCGUGUACAUGGGUUUGGCAGGGACAUUACGAAUCUUAGGCUACUGGCAUACAACCAUGGAGCGAAACAACCAAUGCUGCGGACUUGCAAGCUUUUCUCGGGGACCAUGGGAGUUCACCUUCCAUUGUUUCCGAGCAGAUGUCCGAGGAAAUAUCCACAAAACCCGAAACUCAUAUACAACCGUUUCGGCUCAGGGUCAUCUCCUGCGGGAUCCUGAUACCAAGAUACGACAGACUGAUGUCUGCUAUUAUCUGGGUGCGAAUCAGGGUCCGCCAGUCAACUUGGUGAACAUCACAUUUGCAACGGAAAAAAACACUCACGAAGAGGGACGUCAUGGGAAAUGGCUUUGGUACAGGAUCCGGAUAAUGCACGAGCUCGAUUGUUUGCGUCCACUCGUGCCUGCGUUUACUUCUUCCUGGUUGCACUCAGCGAGCUGCACCACAUGAAGAUACAUAGGAAUGAAGGACAGGAGGGGCGGGAAAACGAGUGUUGUAUGCAGUUGUUUCUGUUUUAUCUCGCGGAAAUGAAUCUUUCUCUUUCAGAAAA